CAUAACUAAAUAGUUACCUUGUACAUCAAGUAGGAAGAAUUUUUUUAAUUGGUAGCCCACCGCGCUCGGCGGAGAGUUACCGUCCAUCUUCGGCGAAACCUUCUUGUGCGUGAAUGCAACAAAGUGUCACGUUUGAAUCCCUCCCGUCUCACCAAACAGAUGUGGAUACACUGCUCGGGAGCUGCCCAGCUGAGGUGAAGGGGAGGGCAGAGGAUCCCAGUUCAGCCUGAGUGUGGAUGACCUGCCCCCGGAAACAGGACCAUGAUCUGAGGAAGGCGCCGCACUCCAAACCCUGUUCUUCCUCUCCUCCUUCUCCCUGUUUUUUUAUUUUUUUUAUUUUAUUUCUUUUUUGUAAACCUACCGGGUGACAGCCUCACUGCCUGGCCGCUCCCAACAGAAUCAGCGUACGUGGAGAGGACACACCGAAAGAGACGAGACGUUCGAGGAGGAAGAAAAACAUCGACAGCCAUCCGUGACCUCUGACAUUGCCACUCCCCCUUGCCCCUCCCACCGCCACACCGGAAACAUGGGGAGGAAAAAGAUUCAGAUUCAGAGGAUCACUGACGAACGCAACAGACAGGUGACGUUCACCAAGCGGAAGUUCGGCCUGAUGAAGAAGGCGUACGAGCUGAGCGUCCUGUGUGACUGCGAGAUCGCCCUCAUCAUCUUCAACCACUCCAACAAGCUGUUCCAGUACGCCAGCACCGACAUGGACAAGGUCCUGCUCAAGUACACCGAGUACAACGAGCCGCACGAGAGCCGGACCAACGCCGACAUCAUCGAGACGUUGCGAAAGAAAGGCUUUAACGGCUGCAACAGCCCCGAGCCCGACGGAGACGACUCCAUCGACCAAAGCCCGCUAAAUGACGAGAAGUACCGCAAGACCGAGGACCUGGACAGCCUCUUCAAACGCUACGGCUCCACAGUCCCACAGCCCACCUUCUCCAUGCCCGUCACCGUGCCAGUAUCCAAUCAGAACGCGGCGGCGGCCCUCCAGUUCAGCAACAACCCCGGCGGCGCCCUGGUCACCACCACCUCCUUCGUCACCUCCACCCUCACAGACCCCCGCCUCCUGUCGCCACAGCAACCGGCUCUGCAGAGGAACAGCGUGUCGCCAGGGUUACCACAGCGACCAGCCAGCGCAGGUGCUCUGCUAGGAGGAGAUCUGGGCAAUUCAAAUGGAGCGUGCCCGAGUCCAGUCCCUAACGGCUACAUCAGUGCCAGGGCCUCCCCGGGCCUCCUGUCCGUGUCCAACGGGAACAGCCUGGGGAAAGUAGUCCCGGCUAAGUCUCCGCCUCCGCCAAGCCCUCAGAUGGUCAACAGCCGCAAGCCGGACCUGAGGGUCAUCACCUCUCAGAGCGGCAAGAGCCUCAUACAGCUGACAGAGGAAGAGCUGGAGUUGAAUGCUCAGCGGCUAGUUGGCUCCCAGGUGGCGCAGUCGCUCACCACACCAGUGGUCUCCGUCGCAACACCCAGUCUCCUAGCGCCAUUCUCCGGCAUGCAGACGGCCUACAAUACUGAGUACCAGCUGACGAGUGCAGAUCUCACGGCGCUCCAGACGUUCACACCACCGGGGCUGGUGCCUGGCAACAUGGCUGCCUGGCAACAGCAACAGCAACCAGCAGUCUCCCAGCAACAACAGCAGCAGCAGCAGCAGCAACAGUCUCAGCAGCUGCUCAGUAACUUGGUCAUGUGGGGUGCAGAGAAACAGAAUGCAGAGAUGGUUAACUGCAUCUCCAAUUUUGCUGCUAACCUGAGCUUGGCCUCUCAGUCCAACUUGCUCUUUGGCAGGGAGGAGGGCCUCUGCUGGCCGGUGGGUCACAUACCUCAGGGCACCGCGCUGACAGUCCACACAAACCCAAACAUCAACAUCAAGUCUGAACCUGUCUCACCAAACCGCGACCGCAACACUCCCAGCUCCACCGGCGGCGCCGGGGGAGGCGGGGGCGGAGGAGGCCAGAUUCAGCUGCAGGGACAAGGUCUGGUGUCGGUCGCCUACCCGGGCACCCUGCGCCUGGAGGUGGGAGGUCAGGGCCGCUCGCCAGUCGACAGCCUCAGCAGCAACGGCAGCUCGUACGAGGGCAGCGACCGGGACGACGGCACCCAGGGACGAAGCGGGGCCCCGGACUUCCUCCACCAGGCCGGUGCCGGGGGCCAACAGCCCACCAUGGUCCUCCUGCGGCCCUCAUCGGCCGAGCCCCAGGAGCAGGACGGGACCAACGUGAAGAGAAUGAGACUGGACACCUGGGUGACAUGAAGAGAUGACGAGAGAGGGACGGAUGGAUGGACGGACAGAUGGAGGAUGGAGAUGGAGAUGUGUACUUGUGGCUUGUGUACAUGCCCCCACCAGCCCUGAUGCCCCCGAUCUCCUUCUUCACACACCUGCACACACACAUAUAUAAAUAAAUAUAUAUAUAUAGCCGCCAUCGACCCAGUAACCUACUGUCCACACAGUAACGCUGACCUCACACAUACAGACACAAGCAUGCUAACACCAUGUCGCACGUGUGGACACUGACACACACUUUAUAUGGCAAUGCGCACACACAUUUGAACUCUAAUGUACUUUCACUCACACGCACACACACACACACACACACACACACACACACACACACACACACAAAACCCCAAAGGGGUUGAGCCACCAAACCAGGGAUUAUUGUCAAAACAAUUUAUUCAGCUGUGUUUGAAUAGAAGUGAAUUUUUAAUCAUGCCACAGUGGCUAGUAAAAACCCCAAAUUUGGCCACUUGAACUAUUUCACCCGACAUGUCGAUGGCCGCUGGCAGAGCAGACAAACACCUUUGUUUCCCAGCAUGCCCUGCAUUUGGUCAGCAGCCGGGGUGUCCUCCCACCGUCAUGUCCUUACUGUCUGUAACUGCACUGAACUGAGUCAGUUUGUACACAUCGGCCCGACCACGGUUGUAUUGCUAUCGCUCUAGAUUCUCGGGCCCUUUUGCUCUUUUUAAAGCGUGGAGUUUUGUCCUUCUGUCUUGACUGUUGAUCUUUAGAGUUUGGAUUCGUCUCAGUUUUGAAUAUGAAGACACUAAAAAGAUGCCUCCCUCCCCAGCUGAGCCGGCCAACACUUCAACAGGCCGGCACUUUGGCCCCUGUGCGAGACUGACGACCCCUGGGUCUUUAUUUAAUUUGAACCAUGCAGACUAGCUGUAAAGCCAGGAAACGUGAUUUGUUGUCGAGGUAAAAGACUGCUUUUCUUUGAAUCAGGGACGAGCUGCAACAGCUCAACGACACAUGACGCAGAUACUCCUAGUUCCGCCCACAUCCUGUCAACUACAGAUGCUGAGAAAAGGCGUGUGUGUGUGUGUGUUUGGUGUGUAAUGUGUGUGUGUGUGUGUGUGUGUGUGUGUGUGUACGGUUUGUUACCUCAACUGGUCGUUUUUUUAACAAAGUGAUUUGGGCAAAUGUUCAUUCUCAAUUUCAUCACCUGCAGUGCACACAGCUGAAAUUAUUUUUGUGAAGCGACUCAUGUUUUGAAUAGCUGAUGUUCAAAGGGGAGAUUGGAGAGGUACCGUGUAUAUAAGCAAUCUGUAACCUUUGUGGCUUUUGUGUGACAGGGAUAAGGUGUUUUUGAAGGUUAAAAAUAGAUCAUAUUCAAGUAUAUAUUUAAAAGCUUCAGGCGGUAGCAAGGGCAGCUCUGCACCCGGGGCAGGACGACAGGGAUUGUAUAUAUAAACUAUAUAUUCGGCAGGAUGUCCCUAAACGAAACGGAAGAGAAAAAAAAGCAAACACGUCGAUUCUCAGUGGAUCAGUCUCUUUUUUUAUUAUUAUUUAUGCGUGUAUAUAAAGUGUAAUAUGUGGACGCGCCAAGAGAGGGAGCUGUAGAGGCAGAAAGGGACGACGUAGCCGCGGUGACUCAGACUGUUUAGAGUGAGCAGUGGUGAGGACUCUGUCACUGAUGGAGCGCACUUUACCUUAACCCCGCCCCCAACACACACACACACACAAACACACACACUAGGGUUAGACUGAUAAAUGCCUUUUGUUAAAAAUCUGAUAUUCAGCAGACACAAAUCAAUAUUUGCACUUUUUUUAUUUAAACCUCCAAAUUGAUUAAUUUAUUACUGCCCCCUUCACAAGUCCACCUUGAAUUCUUAUUGUGGCUCACUGGCUGAAAUUAAUUUAAUUAAUUUAUUAAUUGAAUGUAUCGCCAAAAAAAAGAAACAUUUGCAAACAUUUAAAGCAGAGGAAACAGUAAUUAUGAGACAAAACAUAAAAGGAAGAGAAAUUAAAUUAACAAGAAGUACAAAAGAAAAAUGAAAUAUGUUAAUUUAUUAAGAACUUUAUUUUUUUUUAGAUUAAAUACAAUAUCACUGAAGCAUUUUUAUUUUUUUAUUUUUUUUCAAUUUUAAUUAAAAAUGAAUAAUGAACAAAAUUCAUUUUUAUAAUUAUUUUGUUUUGUUAUUGUGUUUAUAAGCACCACUUGUAAACCUAAUUAAUCAUUCGUGAUAGAUCCAUUAAGUAACUAAUUAACCAUUGAAAAAUAUUUAAUAUUUCAUCCUUUAUAGGCAACAUCAGCUGUUUACAGUACGAGCCACUAAAAUCAUUUUAGUAAUGAGUUUUUUUAAAUCAUUUUUUCUACAUUUAGUGUCCUUCGAUGGUCUAAAUUCCCCUCUUUUGGGUUUAAUCACAACUUAUUAUGAAGUAAUAUUUUUGCAUAUCACAGUACCGUGAAUAUUUGCACGACAGAACAAUAACAGCAGUAUUUUUUGUUGCAAACAUAUCAGUCAAACUCUAGAACAAACACUCGAGCCAAGGACGUCCCCCUUUUCAUUUUGGCCCUUCCCCUCCUGUUGAAAGCCAUGUAUCUAUAUUUAAAGGAUCUUGUCCUUCGCCUGUCACUGGUUGGCUGUGUUUUAUAUUUCAGCGAGGUAAAAAAAACAAAAAAAAAACGACUAUGAAGGUAAAAGAAAUGUGAAGGAUGUCAUUUUUGUACUAAGUGGCAAAGGGUGAUUUCGGGUUUAGUGGGUAGAUUUGAAAAAACAUAGUGGUCAAGAGUGCAAAUUCAUGUAUUUAUAUUUUCCCUAAAAGCACUCUCAGCCUCCAUCCAUCCCCCAUUUGCUCGUUAAAAGCUUUGGAGGCAGAGUUUGGGUAUCGUUUGUCGCUAAGCCGGAGGUUUCAGAUCCAGUCCUGAUCUUUUAAUGACUACCUCCCAAAUCCAACGCGGACUUGUCGACUUUGGGUUUUACCACAUCCAGCCACCACAUCGGGCCCUCUUCACCUCCCUCUCACCCCGUCACUCACUCUCUCGGUUUGUUUUCUAAUCUCAAACGCACACACACAUUUCAUCACACUCUACUUUUCUGUUUACUCCGUCCAGACAGCGGGUGUCAGCGCUGAAAUGACAAAAUUAUUUUGGGGUCAUUUCCAUGGGUGACACAACUCCCAGCCUCAUCACACACACACACACACACACAACUCCCAUCAUCCCUCUCCUGACUUCAUCUUUCUCUCUCUCCGUCUGUCACUCACUCACACACACUCAUCCACUCUGUGACAAGUCUGAGUGUCAAUAUUGCUUUUUCUGAGCGUGUGGCGGAGUGAACAUAAAUCCCUCAGAGUGUAAACACUUUGACUGUUAAGACUGUUGUGCCCUGAGCUUUCGAACAAAAAAACAAAACAAACUGGACCCCCAAGACGCGAAUAAACAAAAUGGCAAUGGAGUUUUGUUGUUUAGGGCAACACUAGGGGGCGCUGUAAUCACAACACAGAAAGACAAUCGUGCUGAGAACUAGUUUUAAGAACCUGCAUCCCCCCCGAAAAAAACGAUACUUGCUCCUGUAUAAUGAUGUUUAGAAGUCUCACUCACUUUCCAGUGUUAAUUUGUGCUGGUGACAGUCUGUUUUUAAUUGUUCUCUGAGAAUUGAUAUUAUUAUUAUUAAUAUCAUCAUUGCCGCAGCUCUCACUGACGGUAGCUGCCAUGAUGGUAUAGAAAUCUGCGUUUUUUGUGUAGGUUAGGCAUCUUGUUUUAUUUGGAAUUUUGUUU